ACGCACCGAAUCACGUGAGGUCACGAGGACCCGGAAGUAACUUCACGCAGGUAUUUAAGCAGGAAGUAGGUGACGAUCCAGCACCAGACAUUGAGCUCAUGCGAGGCUCAUCAUCAGGUCCCAUCUCUUCUCCAACUCACGUGAGUAAACUCUCUGCUCCUCGGAGCGCUUUAUUUACCUGUUUGUGUGCGUGUGAGAAUGCAGAUUUCUUGGUGGAAAUCUCAACUCCGUUUUGGAGCGUUCUCAGAUCAAACUGCGUGGUUUACCUACUCACUCGUGUGUAUCCGCGUUUGAGUUUUCCGCUGCGCUACACAGGGACAUAUUUCGAUCAUUCAUUUCUCGUCUGACUCCGUGACAGAAUGUCUGGUCCCGAAAUGGUCCCGGCGGAUUUGGAACAACUGUGGGGUGUGAUCCAGCAGCAGACCAUGGAAAUCAUGAGUCUGAAGCAGGAGAUGGGGGGACUUCGAGCGGAGUGCGGGGCUCUCCAAUCGGAUCUCACCACUCUGCAAGCAGACUAUGAUGACCUGGCUGCUGCACAGAUCGCCCCCGCGGAACCAAUCCGCCCCGCCCACCAACCCAAGAUUUCACUCCCGGAUAAGUGGGAUGGAUCCGGUGCCCGGUGUGAUGUCUUCCUCACUAACCUCUCUCUCAUCUUUGAGUUCCAGCCAUCACGUUAUCCCACAGACCGCAGCCGGAUCGCUCUGCUCGUCUCACUUCUCCGCACAGCCUACUACGAGGGACUUUCCAUCAGGCUCAAGGACGAGUUGGCUGUGCGGGAGCUUCCUGACACCCUGGAGGGCAUGAUCCAGCUGGCCCUCCGGGUCGAUCAGAGGAUGCGUCACCACCCACACCGCACUAAUUCUGUCUCUCGUUCCUCCACAGGCACCAUUCCCCGCACAAGGACCCUGGAUUCACCCGUCACCUACGCUGUCGCUGCGCCCUCUCCUCCUCCACCUAUCGCCUCAGAGGCCCACUCAACCGGAGCCGGGGAGCCCAUGCAAAUAGGACGCACCUCCCUGUCGGCAGCAGAGAGGGCUAGACGCUACCGCGAAGGUUUAUGUGCCUAUUGCGCCUCCCCAGAUCACCAUCGAGCAAUCUGCCCUCUCCGGCCGGGAAACGGCCAGACCAGGUAAAGAGGGGGAGGUCUUUGCCUGGUCCGGUGACG